AACCCUUUUAUAAAUGCACCAACCAAUCAAAUCCACAUAUCUUAUCGUAAUAGUAUUGAUCUAACAUCUUCUCCUUUAUCUUCAAAUACUGAUACAUAAAAUUAUAAACCCUCCUCCUGCCAAAGCCUCUAAAGAAAUUUUCUAUUGAUCCAUGGAUUCAUCUCACAACAAACCAUCUAAGCAGCAACACCACCACCAAGUACCGUCCUCCUCUGAGCUUCUCUCAAGUGCUAAGUUAGUGGCUGAAGCUGCCAAAUCUACUCUCCACCAUGAAACUGACGGUGUAGACAAGGGUAAGGUUGCUGGUGCUGCUGCUAAUCUUCUUGGAGCUGCUUCUCAUUAUGGGAAGCUUGAAGAGAAGAGUUUUGGCAAGUAUGUUGAAAAGGCUGAGAAUUAUCUUCAUCAGUAUCACUCUUCUCAUUCAACCACCACUACUACUAGUUCUGGGCACCACACAGGUUCAGCCACUGCUGGUGGCACAACUCACUCACCAUCGUCUCAUUCAAGUGGUGGUAAUGGUCACUCUUCUGGCUCUAGUGGUGGGUAUGGAGAUUACUUGAAGAUGGCUGAAGGGUUCUUGAAGAAACACUAAUAUAUAUUAUGUUUAGCAGUUUGGAAUCAUGAUUUUUAGUUUGUUGCUAAUUUCCUUUUUCCUUUUUCUUUUAUGUAUGUUGUACUAGGAUUUUUUGGAUAUUGCUCGUCUUGUAUGUAUGUUCUGAUAAAUGCAAUAAAAAAGAUCCCAGUACUGAAUA